AGUUGUAUGCCCACCACCAGACGUAAUGGAAAAUUGUCCGACUGAUAGUAUCUUAACAAUGGUACCAGAAACUACUUUACCCACUACUACUGUUACUACAACAUUAGCAACAACAACUUCAACAAGUACUACAACAACAACUACAACAACCACCACAGUACCGCCUCCAUUAUCAACAAUUAUGGAAUCUGAAGAGGAGCCCGACGAGAAUAUGAUUACAAAGCAUAGUGAAACUGAUUCAUCACUGCCUAUUGAAAAGCUAUCAUCUCUUGAUAAUGAAGAAGAUUUGGAAACUAAUGGAGAAAUGGUAUCAAAAUCACUUGAAAAUCUUAAUAAUACAGAUUCUGCAAUAACUUCAACAUCUACUACUACAAGCACUACAACACCAAAACCAAAACGUAAUCGCAAAAAAAAUAGAACAACUGAACCACCAGAAGAAAGACAAUUGAAAAAAAGGAGUCUUAGAUAUCAUCAUCGUGAAUCAAUUAAAAUAGUUCCCGGAGAUUAUCGUAAUUUUGAUGAAUACUUCCGUCGCUAUUACAAUCAAAAAUGGAAACGUUCUAUUUCAUUCCCAGAAACAUCUGAUACAAUAUCCGAAUUAAGAUCAAAACGGGCGUUAAGCUCAUCAACUACAUCAGUAUCUUCAGACAAUCAUAUGUCAGUUUUUAAAGAAUGUUGCCCGAAAAAAAUACCAACAUGUAUUUGUCGUAAUGAUUGUCAACGACCCGUAUGCGUCGAUACAAAACAAAUUCUUGUACAAACAAAACCAGGUAAUGCAAGUCAUCCGGGACAAUGUUGUCCAGAAUAUGUAUGUGUUGAUUCUGAACCUGAUUGUUCUUUAUACAUGAAAACUGAAAAAAUAUUUUGGCCUAGCAAAUGUCGUAUGUGUCAAUGUAUACAUGGUAUAAAAUUCUGUCAUGAAAUUUGUCCACAACCCAAUCAACAUAGUUAUAUUGAAUCAAAUUGUUAUUCGGAUAAUACAUUGGAACGUAAACUAUUUAAGGAAGGUGAAACAUGGAAAGAAGAUGAUUGUACAGAUUGUGAAUGUGAAAAUGGUGUUCGUAGAUGUUUUACAGUACAAUGUAGUGCAAUGUAUAAUUGUAAAAUACAAAGAAAAUUACCAGGUGAAUGUUGUCCAAUUUGUGAUGAUGAUAAUUUAAAAGCAACAACAACAACAACAUCAUCUACAUCUGAAAUACCAAUUACAACAGUUAAAAUGGAAGAUAUAAUAACAACAACAACAACUGAAUUAACAACUAUAUCAACAGUAACUUCAUGUCCAACUUCUUCAUCUGAUUUAGAACCAAGCAAAAGAAUAUCAAAUUUUAUUCAAGAUAAUAUUGUUCCUUUAUUAAUGGUUGCAAUUGUUGCACUUUUACUUGCUAUCAUCAUUGUAUUUGUUCUUUAUAUAAAAGCAUUAAGGAAAGGAAAGAAAAAUAAUUAUUUAUCAAUUCCGAAUGGUGAUUCGAAUUCAAGUCAAAAUCAUAUUGAAAAUGGUCCUAACACUAAUGGAAAUCAUCAUCAUCAUCAUCAUCAUAACCAUCAUAAUCAUCAUAAUAGUCAACACUCAAAUUCAUCUUCAAAUUGAUAUAUGUAAACAAGAUGGAUGAUCAAUAUACUUUUACUUUUAAGAACAAAUUUAUGUUUACAUAUUUAGGAAUAUUUUGUUUUAUUUUUCUUUAAAUUAAAAUUCUCUAUAUUUAAUUAUUUUCAUGUAAAUUUUUUUAUU